UCCGGCCCAGAGCAAGGCCCCGCCCCGCCCGAGCCCGAGCUCAGCGGCUUUUUUUUACAUUUCUGCACUUUUAUUGCGAGUUUACAGAUGACAUCGAGGCAGCGGCAGAGUGGGUCCGAGUGAGGGGGGUAAACCGGCUACCGGGGGAGAGACAGACUGGGAGAGAAACUGAAAGAUGACGGAGCCCAGGAGGAGAAAAACCGAGAAGGAGCCUGAGAACCUGAGCGACAAGGAGGGUGAUGAUGAUAAAGCAGGGCUGGAAGUUGAUGGCGACCCAGAUUUGAAACUUGAUUCAGAUAUUCCUGAUGUUCCAGCCUCAAAUGACAGCACUCCAGAAGUAUUCAAUAAGGCCCUAUCAGGAUUAUCAUCAAGAUGGAAGAACUGGUGGAUUCGUGGGAUCUUGUCACUCGCUAUGAUUUCAUUUUUUUUUCUAAUCAUCUACCUGGGACCCAUAGUACUCAUGCUUGUGGUUCUCUAUGUUCAAAUCAAGUGUUUUCAUGAGAUCAUCACUAUUGGUUACAGAGUGUAUCGUUCUUAUGAAUUGCCUUGGUUCAGAACCUUGAGUUGGUACUUUCUUCUCUGUGUAAAUUAUUUCUUUUAUGGAGAAACAGUUGCUGAUUAUUUUGGUGGUCUGGUGCGAAGGGAAGUGCCACUUCAGUUCCUGGUCCGUUAUCAUCGCUUCAUCUCCUUUGCUAUGUAUCUAGCAGGCUUCUGCAUGUUUGUACUGAGUUUAGUGAAGAAACAUUACCGACUGCAGUUUUACAUGUUUGGCUGGACUCAUGUAACACUGCUAAUUAUUGUUACUCAGUCUCAUCUGGUGAUCCAAAAUUUAUUUGAAGGUAUGAUCUGGUUUAUUGUUCCAAUCUCGAUUGUAAUUUGCAAUGAUAUAAUGGCAUACCUAUUUGGUUUCUUCUUUGGAAGAACUCCAUUAAUUAAGUUGUCUCCAAAGAAGACGUGGGAAGGUUUCAUUGGCGGUUUCUUUGCAACUGUUGUGUUUGGAUUUCUGUUUGCCUACGCAUUAUCAAGCUACAAUUACUUUGUGUGUCCAGUGGAUUACAACAGUGAAACCAACAGCUUUAUUGUUGACUGUGAACCUUCACUUUUGUUCCACCUGCAGGAAUACAUGCUUCCAUCUGUACUGCAAUCUGCUCUUGGAUGGGAAACAGUGCAUCUAUUCCCAUUUCAGAUACACAGCAUUGCUCUUUCUACAUUUGCCUCCUUAAUUGGGCCUUUUGGAGGCUUUUUCGCCAGCGGAUUCAAACGAGCUUUCAAAAUCAAAGAUUUUGCUGACACUAUUCCAGGACAUGGUGGAAUUAUGGACCGCUUUGAUUGUCAAUAUCUGAUGGCUACCUUUGUUCAUGUUUACAUUACUAGUUUCAUCAGAGGACCAAAUCCCAGCAAAGUCUUACAGCAACUGUUAGUACUUCAACCAGAACAGCAGUUAUAUAUCUACAAUGUCCUGAAAUCUCAUUUAUUAGAGAAAGGAGCACUUCAGCCAGCAAUAAGUGAACAGUAGCAUUCAGACAUCUUUUCCUUGUCAGAGUGCUGAAAACUGCAUGAGUCCAAGUCAAGAGUCGUUUGGAAUUUCUAAAGCACUCCGUUUAAGGUUGUUCAUGCUAGUCACAAUACCUAACACUUGUGUGACUGAGACUUACUUAUACUCAUUAACUGUAAUGCUUUAACCUGCCAGUAGAAAUGCAGGUUCAGAGUCAUAUGAUUGGCAGUCUUUAGUUUGAAAUGUACCCAGUAAUGUAAUCUCAGUGAAAUAUCCUGCAAUUAAUUUUUUAAUACCUUGGAUCCAAACUAAAUUCUUCAAAGUUGAGGCUUAUAUCCUUUCAAUUUUGGCAAUUGGGGUUGAACUUGAAUGUAUUAUGCAGGGAUUGAUGCUAAUUUCAGUAUCCAUACUAUAAUAUCAAGAUUACAUACGUAUAUCUUCACUUAUUUUGAGCAUGAACACCAAUAGGAAAAUUGUAAACACUUCUAAGGAUCUAGUAAUGUAACAGCAUCAGAAUUUAUACUUGUAGCAGUGGUAUUAAUAUUGAGUAACUUUAGAAGAUAAAUUAAUUUUAAUGGCCGCAAAAUAGAACACUGGUCAAUCUCUAGCCUAUUCUGCAAAAUGUAAGGAAAUUCACCUGCAGUUUGUGUUUUGUAAUGAGAUUUAUGGUACAACUUUUAUUUAAAAAAAAAGUAACUUGAGUUUUUGCAACAGAAUGAGCUGAUUAAAGCCAAUAAUCUGUGAGGAUUAAUCUUGUGGCAGAUGACAUGGCACUGAGUGUAUAUAAUCUGUAAGUAUAUAUGAAUAUUGAUGCAAGUAUGUAAUUAUUUGUAAUCAUUUAUGAACUUGAAUGUAUUUAAGAAAAAGAACAAUUUAAGUUUGGAUUGUACUGUAAAGCUGAGAGGAAUUUUAAUUUUAUAUAGAAUGUAUAAAUUUGCCAAGUAAUAGAUGCAGUUGAAUAUUCACGAAGUAAAACUGGAAUGCACAAAAUAAGGAAUGAUUUUCCAAUCUAGUGUUUCCAAGAGAGAAACACUGCUUAUCGGGUCCACAAGUUGCAGGUAGGGCUAUAAUAUGGCCCUGAUUCACUGACCUGCAAUUCUUCGCUGGUAGCAUGGAACCAUGGAUCAUACUUUAGCGGACUACUGCAGUAGAGUGCCUUUAGAAAACACAGAAUUUUUUGAUUACUCUACUAAAAUGUAUAGUCUGUGAAAUGUAUAUUUUGACCACCAUUGACCGGUUUAUAGCACUUCGGCAAGGCAGUACACCUUCCAUUGAUCUAUGUAGGCAGCAUUCUAAAAGUAUUCAGAAUUUUUACUGCAUAAUGCAUCUUUGUUAAACCCUCAGUUAAUUACUAAUCCGGUUUGAAUUAUGAAGGAAGCACUGGUGGUUCAGUUGUUUUUGUAAGUUCCCUUUCAUUGUUUUAUUAGUUUUAUAUCAUUGCAGGAUUUCUCAAUUGUUUGUUUCUCUGUGGAGUCUGUUCUCAUUAUGCAGGUUUUAAAUCCUAAGUGCACAAGAAUAAGAUGAUGUACUGCUGCGAAAAGAACAAUAAAUUGAUGCCAUUUAGAAGGCAUUUAGCUUGAAACUCAGUAUAUGCCUGUGAUGAGGCUUGAAUGCACUGUUACAAAAUGCACAUUUUUAUAGAUCUUGUUUUCAAAAAAGAUCAGUUAUUGUUGUAUAGAUAGUGUAUAUAAUUGUCUAAAAUAAUUUAAGAAAUUUUGCAAGUUGUCUUUGAAAAUUUGAGAUACUUUAAAUCAGAGUUGGGAGACUUUGCUAAAUGGGGAUGAUCCAACAAAUGAGAUGAGCAUUUCCACCAGGAUGGAUUAACGGGUGACAGUUACAUUUUUCGCAAGAUAUGCCCCUUAGCCCCUUGAGCCUGUUCUACUAUUCAGUUAGAUCGUGGCUGAUCUGUAUCUCUACUCGCCUUCGUUCCAUAACCCUUAAUACGCAUGCCUGACAAAGCUCUAGCCUCAACAGCUUUUUGCAGGAAAGAGUUCCAGAUUUCCACAAUCUCUUAUUUGAAGAAAUGCUUUCUGACAUCACCCCUAACGGCCUAGCUCUAAUUUUAAAGCCAUGCCCCCUUGCUUGGACUUCACCCACCAUAGUAAAUAGUUUCUAGCCUAUCAACUCCUUUGAUCACCUUAAGCACCGUAACUAGAUCACCCCUUCAUCUUCUUUAUUCAAGAGAAAUAUAGAAUGAAACUCCAUGAAGCAAUGCAAGUAAAUGGCAAUGAAGGGAAUACCAUUUUGUAAUGGAAAAGCAAAAUACUGCAGAUGCUGGAGAUCUGAAAUUUUUUUAAAAUGCUGAAAACACUCAUCAGACAAUAUCUGUAGAGGAAAACAGAGUUAAAGUUUCAGGUUAUGAUGCUCCUUCACCAGAAUGGCCGUUUUGUAAUAAUUAGUGCUCUGAACUGCAGGUCAUUGUUGCUGCAUGCCUUCUUUGACUUUUUAAAAAUUAGUCUGCAGUACUUUGUGGUUGGUUUGCGUUUCCAUGUUAGUUUGUACUACAUUUUCUUAAUAACUUGUUUUCUCUUCCAAAGGCCUGAGCCCUGCAGAAGUUUCUCGUUAGUUUGUCCAUUUUCUAGAACUUGAUGGCAAUAUGUAAACAUUUUUUUUUCUUCUGGAGGUUUAAGUAUUUCUUUGAAAGUGACCUUGUGAGAAGGCUAGCAAAUCAAAUUCUAUAUUGUUGAUCCUUUUAAUUAAACACAACAUGAAACUUGUAAA